AGACCAGGCAUGUGACCAAGGAUAGAGAUGAGGUUAAAAGCUGACAUAUUAUAUUCUCUACUUUAUUAUAAGAACUUUUGGUUUUAUCUUUCACAUAUAGCAAGUGAAAUCAAUAGAAAGCAAACCAGAUCACCACUCCAGCUAUAACAAUUAGCUCAUGCACAACCUCAUAAACUAUAUGGCUACUUUUUCUUGUCUUUUAACAGAAUAAUCACUUAUCUCUUACAGCAUUUAGGUACCCUCCAAAAGAAUUUUUGUUGAUUUCUUAGCUUUAGUUGUGUUACUCCAAUAAACCUUUGUUUUCUUCCUUGUACUUUGUGAAAACCUUUGAAAUUUAGCUGUUUUAAUUUCUUCUGCUCACAAAUGAAUAUUCUUGGUGACCCCUUUUCACCAUCCUCUUCCACCGGAGGUUUUGACAAACUUCAAAACACAAACCCUAACCCUAACCGACCACAAACCAACAAGAAGAAGAGAAAUCUACCAGGAACACCAGAUCCAGAUGCUGAAGUCAUUGCUCUUUCUCCCAAGACUCUAAUGGCCACGAACCGAUUCGUCUGCGAAAUAUGCAACAAAGGAUUCCAAAGAGAUCAGAAUCUUCAGCUUCAUAGAAGAGGUCACAACCUACCAUGGAAGCUAAAGCAAAGAUCCAACAAAGAACCAAGGAAAAAGGUAUACAUCUGCCCGGAGAAUACUUGUGUCCACCACGACGCGGCUAGGGCCUUGGGUGACCUCACCGGAAUAAAGAAACAUUUUAGUAGAAAACAUGGCGAGAAGAAAUGGAAGUGUGAUAAGUGUUCCAAGAAAUAUGCAGUCCAAUCUGAUUGGAAAGCUCACACUAAAACUUGUGGUACUAGAGAAUAUAAGUGUGAUUGUGGUACACUCUUCUCAAGGAAGGAUAGCUUUAUUACACACAGAGCUUUCUGCGACGCAUUAGCCGUAGAAAGUGCAAGACACUCAUCUCCUACAACUCUAAAUUUCCAGAAUGAAGAGUCCAAUAUGAUGAACACACAAACUAGUUUGGCCCAUGGAUUGAUAUCAUCUCAAGGACUUCAAAAUAUUCAACAAUUUAGUCCACAUGCAGGAUUUCAUCAUGAGCAAAGACCAAAUUUGUCACUGUGGUUGAACCAAGAAAAUCAACAGAUUAAUCAUCAUUCAUAUUCACUUGAUCAUGUUUCAUCAGGUUUUUCCGAUGUUAUACAAAUGGCUCAAACUAAUACUCCAAUGUCAGCUACUGCACUUCUUCAGAAAGCAGCUCAAAUAGGUUCAACAAGAAGCAGUACUAAUCCUUCCAUAUUUAGUGGAAGUUUUGGUGUAAUGAGUUCAUCCUCUACACAAACAACGAGUUUAAACAAAAACCAUGAUGAGGUUAAUAUGGUCAUUAAUCAGAAAAUGAAGCAGCAUGAGAAUUUUGAUCCAAGUAGUAGUAGAAGUGCAACUAUGGUUGGUAAUUCUAGUGGGUUUAGAGAUUUUCUUGGAGUGAGUAACCAUCAAUUUCUACCUCAAGAGCUUGCAAAGUUUGCUUCCAUAAAUUCAACGAUGAUGAGUUUAAAUCAAUUCAAUGCUGGGUGCAUCAAUGAAAAUUAAUUAGUCCUUAAUUAAGUGUUGACUAUAAUUGAUAUUUUUGGAACUGCAUGUGAAUAGAUAAUGUUUGUGAUAGUAAUGCAUGGGACCCAGUGCAUGUUUGAGAUGAAUACUGAAUUUCUCGAGUCGUGCAUAA